AUGACAGUGAUCGAUACCGGCCUGGGCAAAGACACGUGGACGCUCAGUCCUCAGAGCAUCAACGAUGUCCUCAAGUACUUCUGGAUCGGAGAGAUGAUCUACAUAUUCUGCGUCACAAGCACAAGGCAGAGCAUCCUUUUGUUCUACCUCCGCAUCUUCCCCAGCUCGGUCUCAUCCUCCUUUCGCCGGAUAUGCUUGGUCACGAUGGGUGUUUUCAUUGUGUCACCGAUCGUUUUCCUCUUCACAAUCAUUUUUCAGUGCAACCCGGUGUCUUAUACCUGGACACGAUGGGACGGGGUGACUGAAGGCCACUGCAUCAACGUUCUCGCCCAGAUCAUUGCCGGAUCCACCCUGAACACCUUUUACGACCUGGUCGUCUUCAUCCUGCCGAUCCCGCGCCUACUCAAAGUCCAGAUUUCCACGCGCAAGAAGGUCGGUCUUAUCAUGACCUUCCUGGUUGGACUUUUCGUCACCCUUUGCAGCGUCAUCCGCCUGAGCCUCAUCAUUCGAUGGCAAGCUACCACCAACCCAACAUGGACUUACAAUCCGAUUGCGCUCUGGUCGUCGAUCGAAUGCAAUGUUGGCAUUAUCUGUGCAUGCAUACCCGCGCUGGCCGGGCCUCUAAGAAGAUUUUGGAUGCUGGUGGCCGGCGAGAAACUGAGCAGCAUGUACCGGUCCCGAACGAAGAGUAGGACUGGCGCUUCUGGAAACCAGCCUGCGAUCAGAGACAGCCCCGGCUGGAGGGGCGAUGCGUUGCGACCGCAUGGUGCUCACGAGUGCAAGAACUCUGUCAUGUUGAACACAUAUCACAACAUCUCGGACGAAAUGGAGUUGAUGGACAAGGGACCGAGCCAGAUCGAGUCGGUGCAGGAGGGAGGAAGCAAUGCUCACAACUACAAGGAGAGUUGGUGA